AGGUCCAACAUUUAGAGGCAGAAGUCAGGUGUCUUAUUGUUGCCUCUUGGGACCUUGAAGCUCUGUUCUUCAUCUCUUGUGAGGUGUCCUUCUUCUCUCCAUAAAUUAUAUCAUAAACUACACACCCCUUCAACAUAUAGAGAAGAGAAAAAAUAAAUACUCUUUAGAUUCAAGUUCAACAUAAAGUUUAGUCUUUGAAGCUUCUGAUUCCAAGUAAGGAAGUGAUAUUAUAAUAAUGGAGAAUAAAUAUAGUCUAAUUAGGAAGAAAAGUGAGCUAUGGAGAUCUUUAAGAGAUGGAGAUUUUGAAGAAGAAGAAGUUUGGGAUGUUGUGAAGGAUAGAAAUGAUUACAUAUCUGAAAUUCACAAGCCAAAAGACAACAAAGAUCUAUGUUCUCUUGUUGUUCCUAGAUCAAUUCCAAUUCCAAUUGCUUCAAGAAUGAUUCCAAGGACAAGUAGUGGAAGUAGUAGUGCUAGUUCAUCUCAUGAAACAAAAGCUUUUCAACAAUCAGCACCUGUUAAUAUUCCUGAAUGGUCAAAGAUUUAUGGUAAUAAGGUGAACAAGACCAAUGUUAAGAAUGUUUCAAUGUAUAAUAAUGAUUAUGAUUAUGAUUACUAUGAUAAUCAAGGUGAUUAUGAUGAUGAUGGUGUUGUUGUGAAUCAUCAUGGUAAUCAAGAUGAAGAAGAGGAAGAUGAUGAGUAUAAUACUAAGUUACCACCACAUGAAUUUAUUGCUAGAAGACUUGCAAGGAGUCAAAUUUCUUCAUUUUCUGUUUUUGAAGGUGCUGGGAGGACCCUUAAAGGUAGGGAUCUUAGCAAAUUGAGGAAUUCUGUUCUCAUAAAAACUGGUUUCCUUGAAUCACUAUGAGUGGUUUUUCAUUAAUCAAUAUUUUUUUUUUUGGAAAAAUUUUAGUUCACUAGUGGUUAUUUUAGUUUUCAGGAUUUGAAUUUUCAACUUUUAUUUUGAAAUUUGUUCGAGAUUUAAGUUUAGGGUUUAUGAAUUAAAUUUGCGAUGUUGUUGGUGAUGUGCUGUAAGUAUAGCUCAAAUGAUAAAAAGAUUGCAAAAAAAUUUGAUAUAUUGAAGUAUGGAUUCGAACUUACAUGAUCUCUUUUCUU